AUGGUGCGUAAAUCUAUCUAUCUAUCUAUCUAUCUAUCUAUCUAUCUAUCUAUCUAUCUAUCUAUCUCAGUCUCUCCAUUAUCUAUCUAUCUAUCUAUCUAUCUCAGUCUCUCCAUUAUCAAUCUAUCUAUCUCAGUCUCACCAUUAUCUAUCUAUCUAUCUAUCUAUCUAUCUAUCUAUCUAUCUAUCUAUGUAAAAAUCUGUUCCCUGAUUUUUUCAAUCCUUGAUUUUCAUUCUUUCUUCAAAAUAAUUAACUUCCGGUUCCUUCAUAUCUUCUUCGUUAUUUUCCUUCUUUUCAUCCUCCCGCUACUCUUUUACUUUCUUUCUAUUUCUUUCACCAUUCCCCAGUGCCUUAAAAGAAUUGGCGGGAAUGGAGGCCACUUGCAGAACACAUGCCACGUCAAGUUAGGAACAAACAGGCGCCAUUUCGUUGAUAUUCCUUGCUGCUCUUAUGACGUAUUCCGUGUUGAACUUGGCAUGGCAUCCCAAGGCGACAUUGUCAAGUCGCGUCAACGGAGUGAUGGAUUAGAAACACAAAAUCCAACCCGAAAAGGACCUUUUCCCAAAAGAUAUCUUGACCUCCCUUUGCACCGACAAUAA